AAAAAAAUUUUACGAAUGGCCGGAGGACAAGUUUGGGAGGACACUACAUUAUCUACCUGGGAUACAAACGACUUUAGGUUAUUCUGUGGAGAUCUUGGUAACGAGGUAACCGAGGAACUAUUAACUCGGAUUUUCUCUAGAUACUCCAGUCUACAAAAUGUUAAGGUUGUUCGCGAUAAAAGAAGUAAUAAGAGCAAAGGAUACGGAUUUCUUAGCUUUAAAGAUUCAAAGGAUUACCUGCGUGCAAUGAAAGAAAUGAAUGGGAAAUAUGUUGGAAACCGUCCUAUAAAAUUGAGAAAGAGUACAUGGAAAGAUCGCAACAUAGAAAAUGUAAAGAGGAAA